GGCUUACGGCCGGUCCAGCGCAGCAGCAGCGGCAACGGCAGCAGCAGCGGUGACGGCGGUGCGAACAACAGCAGCAGCAACGAUGACUCCCCUGAAGAUGACAGCAGCAGCAGCAGCAGCAGCAGCAAAGAGGGUUUGCGGUUUUACUGCUUAUCUGCUGCUGCUUGCAAUGGGCCUGGAGGCGAAGAGGUUUUGGAGCAAACUUUUGCUGCUAGUGCAGCAGCAGCGCAGCGGCAGCAGCAGCAGCGGCAGCAGCAGCGGCACUGCAACAGGUCUUGUGGAUGCAAUUUGCCGCAGCAUUGACUCGCUGCGCGGCACUCAGGUGUUCGUGCUAGGUCUUGCUGCUAGCCCCGCUGCAGUCCCUUUGGCGCUGCGGCGCAGCGGCCGCUUCGACGUGGAGCUGCAGCUAACAGCUCCUGCUGCAGAAGAGAGACUGGAGAUCCUCCAAGCAGUGGCGGAGAGCCUGCCGUUCAAGGUGUCGACGGGGCUAGCUGCUGCUGCUGAGGCAACAGCAGGAGCUGUUGCUGCUGAUUUGCACGUUUUGCUGCACGCUGCUGCAGUUGCUGCGCUGCAGCGCACGCAGCAGCAGCAGCAGCAGCAACAGCAGCAGCAGCAGCAGCAGCAGGGUGCGGGCUGCAGCGGCGGCUGCUCCUCUCCCGCGCGCCCCGCAGCCCCAACAACAGCAGCAGCAGCAGCAGCAGCAGCAGCAGCUGCUGCUGCUGCUGCUGGCGGCGGGAUCUGCGUGGAAGCAGCAGACUUGCUGCAGUCGCAGCAGGCGCUGCAGCUAACUUUGGAAAAAGAAACUGGCAGCCUCAGCAAAACGAAAUUAAAGACAAGUUGGAGAGAUGUGGGGGGCCUUAAGAAGGCGAAGCAGCAAAUUGAAGAAAGAAUUAUCUUCCCCGUGCUCUUUCCGCAGCUCUACAAGCAAGUCGGCCUGCGCCGCCCCAGCGGCAUUCUGAUGUUUGGGCCUCCCGGCUGCGGCAAAACCCUUUUGGCCCGCGCCCUCGCGAAGACCUGCAACGCGCACUUCUUUUCAGUCAAGGGCCCGGAGUUGCUGAACAAGUUUCAGCAGGAGCCGCAGCAGCAGCGGCGGCGGGAGGAGCGGCAGGGACGGGUUCCGCAGCAGCAGCAGCUGCUGCUGCGGAAGAAAAAGCGCAAACUGACCCCCGCCGACGCGCAGCCCGCGCGCCGCAGCAGCAGCAGCAGCAGCAGCAGCAGCAGCAGCAGCAGCAGCAAAGUGGAGGAGCGGCUGAUUGCGCAGAUGCUGACGGAACUCGACGGACUCGAAGCAAGGGGAGAUGUCUUCGUUGUUGCUGCUACCAACAGACCCGAAGCAAUUGAUGCUGCGCUGCUGCGGCCCGGCCGCCUCGAAGUUCAGGUGUACGUACACCUCCCAAACCCCACAGACCGGCAGCAAAUCUUCAGGUGCGGACUCCGAGCCAUGCUCCGCGAC